ACCUAAUUUUAAAUGUCAUUUUCGUAGAUAAAUUUUAUUACAUUGUUUAAUGUCUUUUUGCCAGUAUUCUAGUAAGAAUCAUAUAGAAAAUUUGUUCAGAAGCCAUAUAAUUCCGAUUUACAUUCCUAAGAAACUCGAAAAAUGUCUAUAUAUUUUAUGAAUGUAGUAUUUGCACUAAAGGUGUGGAACAGAUAGAGAAUCCAUUCGGGUACCUGGAAUUUACCGAUGUUUGCCUUCUUAGAAGUAUGGAUAAUGAAAAAGAAAAAAAGUGGGGAUACCUGAGGGAAUAAAAGGGCAGGAACGGUUUGUAAGGGUCCUUCUUUACUAUUUGUGUUCUGUGCUUUCGAAUUUCUACUGUGAAAAAGUAAAGUUAGCUGUUGAACAGAAUUUUUUGUGCUUUUUCAAAGCUUAAGUAUAGUUUUUGGUAACAGAAAAACAUUUAGUGGAAUAAGAACAUACAGGAAUUUCAUCACAAAAAUGGUUUCGCAUUGUGCUGUUAACGGAUGCCAUAAUGCAGGUGACAUAAAAAAAUCAUUGCCUUUUCAUAGGUUCCCUCUCCAACAUCCUGAUAUUUUACAACUCUGGAUCAAUGCUAUAGGAAGGAAAAAUUGGCAUCCGUCAAAAUUUAGUAAAAUAUGUGGAGAACAUUUCCUGCCAUCAGAUUAUCAACAAACAUUUGGUAAAAAAAAGCUUUUGAAAACUGAUGCUGUGCCGAGUGUUUUCAAUAUUGCAGGACAUCCAACAAGAACCUCAGCGGUACAUAUUAAAACUGAGGUAAUUGAAGAACCAAUGAAUGUGGAUAUUAAUUUCCCAGAUGUUAACGCACCAUCUCCAUCUACAGCUGGACUGAAUACAUCUGCAGUUAGUGAAGACCCCAAUAUUUGUCCAAAAAUUGAUUUACCAUCCAUAUCUGUAGCAACACCAACAACCUUUUCAGUUAGUGAUGAUAUAAAUAGUCAUCUAUUAAUUAAUUCACCAUCAACGUCAACGAAACAAAAAGUAUUUGUAGAUCAUGCAUCUCAAACUGCAGAAAAUUAUCAAACUGCAAGUAAUUUGAAAAGGAAAUUGAAGACAUUGCAACAAAAAAUUAAACGAAGAGAUAUCCAAAUUUCACAUAUGCAAAUGGUGUUAAAUGAAAUUAAAAAAAGUGGCUACAGUAAUGCAAUAUUAGAUGCAGUUUUGAAGAAUUAUUUCGAGGGUAAUUUGAAUGAUGAUCUUUGAGAUUUACCUGCAAGUUUAAACUUGAAGUUUUCAAGUUUCAAAGUUCAGUUUUGAAAUUGUGCCAGCUAUUACUUUUUUUUUAAGGUAUUCCUCUUGAGCUUGUAUUACUGAAAAAGAAUGAUGGAGUUCCCAUAGAGUUCAAUGAUAAGAUAAGGGGUGGGGAUUUAAGUUAAGCGUCAAUUUGAAAUGAACAGCCUGCAUUUUAUUUUAGGUUAGGUUAGGUUAGCUUGUAUUACUGAAAAAGAAUGAUGGAGUUCCCAUAGAGUUCAAUGAUAAGAUAAGGGGUGGGGAUUUAAGUUAAGCGUCAAUUUGAAAUGAACAGCCUGCAUUUUAUUUUAGGUUAGGUUAGGUUAGCUUGUAUUACUGAAAAAGAAUGAUGGAGUUCCCAUAGAGUUCAAUGAUAAGAUAAGGGGUGGGGAUUUAAGUUAAGCGUCAAUUUGAA